AUUAAGCAUAGUGAUUCUUGGAACCUUGUCUUUGACUAUUAAAUAUUAGUGAAUAAUGUUUUGAACAGUCAACAAUUUAGAUAAUGUUGGGGGGGGUGGAGGGAGGGAGGGGCACACACACACAAAACAAUUUAGAUAAUGCAUCUUUUGUUAUUUGGUACUGUAUUAUAUAGAUUAUUUGCAAAAUAAUUAUUACAUUCUUUAAUAUUACAUUUUUCUGUAUGUAAGAACAAAGAUUUAAAUGUUUUUUUAAAAUAAAAGACACAAAAGGUAAAGAUUUAAUAACUUUCAUUUCCAUCUCAAUGCAAUCAGUUUGACUCAGUGCCUUACAUAAUACAAUAGAAAUGUAAACUUAUGACUUAACUUAUAACUAUGGCUUAAUUACAAAAUCAUUAUUUCACAGACAUCUGCCUGAACCUAUAUUAUUUCUAGUACUAGUAUAUUAGUUGUUUAAAGAAAUAUUUAUGUAAAAUUUCACUGUAGCCUACCAUAUAUAAAAGUAAUUUCAGGUAUCCUAGUACAUAAUUAAAUCUAGAAUUCACUUUGUAGCUUUGGUUAUUGAUUUCUCUGGUGGAAAUCUGAUAUGGAUGUUGCUUCUCCCCACCCAUCAGAAAAGAAAGCGUUGAAUUCUUUUCUGCAAACUAUUUUAAAACAUAUGCCAUAUAGCAAAAAAUACAACAAUUCGCUGCACAGUUUAUAGGAAAACUCCCGAGCAUCUGUAGGUAGAUUGGGGUGGGUGUGGGUGGGAGAGAUAAUCUAGAAUAGAAUAGUCGCCGUCAAUCAAUUAGUUAAAUGGACAGGCUACCUGAACCAGUAGAACGGAACCGAACUCUUUAAAACUUAAAUUCUUUUAAAGUUACCGCCUAAAUUCCUUUCAUAAUGUAGUCCAUCAAACUGGAAUAACUUCGACCGUCGGAUAUUCGUUUGUUUCCGUCCUCUGACGUGGUUUGUGGCAAGAGGAUUGACCCUGACUUCGCAAGCAGGAACCUGCUUCCGCCUCUGUUGGAUCCAGCCAAGAGAGUCGCGCUCAACCUUGAAGUGCGGAGGCGUCGGCAUUGCGGUCCAAAGCCGAGCGAAAGUUGAAGUUCUGCCCUGCGGGAGGAGGAAGGAGGAUCCCACCGGGCAAACCAGAAUUGAGCUUGCAAAGGAGGAAGUGGAGAAACCCGUAUCGGACAGGUGGGCGAGAGAGAGAGCUGGUUUUCCCCCUGAAUCCGACGCUUCGUGUGGGAGCCGCGACAGUAUACCUUUUACCUGAAGAUUUUAAGAAAGUGUGGAAGCCUGGAAUAAGGAAUCAUUUGUAUUGCCAAUGUGUGAAGCAGGCCUAAUGCAUAACAAACUGUGUGAUGCCUUAGAAGGUGAAGAUGACAUGAUACAUGGAGAUUUGGGAAAUGGAUUUAAAAAACAUAAUGGUAUUUAUGAAUCAGAAGGCUUCCACAAAUAUACAGUUAGGUCUAGAAGCGGUUCUGCAAGGAAGAGCUUGCCAAGUGAUGGAGAAGAAUACGAUGCAGUAUUUUUUCAUUGCUCAAAAUGUAACAGUUUUAAUGAUAUGUCAGUCAAAAAAAAUGGAAGGAAUGGAUUUGCUAUCUGUAAACAACAAGCCAGUUCUGAGCUCAAUUCUGAGGCAUCAAAUGAAGAAUUGAAACAACGUCUCCAAGAAAUUUUAGAGGAAGUAGAAAUUUUAAGAGUGGAAUUGGAAGCAUCUCAAAGACAACUUGAAGGCAAAGAACAAGCUUUAAAAAUUCUGCAGAGCAUGGCUGUUUUGGACAAAGCUACCACUCAUACUAAAGCAGUAUUUAUAAAAUCAGAGCAACAAAAGCGAGCCUUAGAAAAGGAAAUAAAUGUUCUGCAGUGGGAAAUCAAAAUUAAUCAAGAGAAAUUAAAAAAUAUAGAUGAGACCUGGGCAGAGAAAUAUGAAAGAAUUUAUUGUGAAAAUGCUGCAUUUAAAGAAACGGUUAAAAUGAAAACUGAGGAAAUUAAACUAUUGAAGUCUGAAAAUCAACUUUUAGAGCAACAGCAUUUGGAGAUGAUGGCAAUGCUUGAUGUAAAACAGCAGAAGUUUGUUCAGGAUAAUAUAUCUCUUAGCAAGAGUGGUGUUACUGAGGUUACAAGUCUGGAAUUGGCAGUUCUUGGAGCCUGUGCUUGCAAUGGCCCUGAAGGAGAACCCUGUGCCUGUGCCAAAAUGUCGGCAGCAACUCGAAAGCAACUUCUUCAGCUCAAGCAAGAGUUUGAACUUCUGAAGAAGAGUAAAGAAGAAGCUUAUAUAAUGGCAGAUGCCUUCAGAAUAGCUUUUGAACAGCAGCUGAUGCGGAGGAAGGACCAGGCUUUCAGGCUUGCCCAAAUGAGUAAGAUCUGCAGAAAAGAAACUAAAACAGUAAAGUGGAAAAGCAGCAAAGAAGAUGAAAAAAGAAAAAGCUUGAGAGAAAAGCUGAUGGGCAUGCUUGCUUCUGGCCCUGAGAGUAAGAAAGUAGAAGAACUGGAUAAUCCACUGGAGAUCAUUAGGACACUAACAGACCUGCUGAACGAUAAGGAAGAGAUGUUGGCUCAUCAAAGGAAGGUUAGUUAUAUGCUUGCUCGGACACUGGAAGAUAAAGAAAAUGCUUUGCAGCAAAGGAAUGAAAGUACAUUUUCAGAGGAAAAGGUUACUUUUAAGAACAGUCAGUACAAACAAGAGUUAAAACCCCAAGAAUGGAUUUUUCCUGAAUGUUCGUGUUGUCAGGAUGACUUUUCUUCGGCUCCCAAUACAAACCCCAGCAGAAAGCCAACUUCCCGUUCCACAGGAUCUAAAGAAAAUAAACAUCACAACCUCAAAGAGACAGUAAAUAUGAAAUAAUAUAUAGCAUUUUAAGAAAAUGUAGAUCUGUCUAAAAAAACAACAACUUCCUUAACAUUUCAUUUCAUAAUUUAGGACUCUUAAAACUCCGUCUGUGUUCCAUAGAAUAUAAGGAACUUUUAAAGGACUCCUUUAUAAUUUUUAUAUCAGGGAUACAAAUAAACAUAAAUGCAAAAGCUGCUUAUUGAUGGAAAGCAGAAGGAAGAGCUGCAAAUAUGCAAGGGUUUAGGUAUUUGUGGAACACCUGCAGUGAACUAUAAUUCAACCUUAAUUCAGGAAAUUUUACCAUUUAAGUAAUAAGUAAAUAUAUAAUUUAUUGUUGAUGGAUUGUAUUCAGCAGUCUCCAUCUGUGAACAGAAGGCCUUAUUACAUUCUUUUAAAGGCUUCCUCCAGUUUAUCAUUUCACAGAUUGCUUUGCUAGCAGGACCUACUAAUCGCCCUUCUGCAUAAUUCUAUCACUCUCCUGCUGCUGUUUUCUGAAAAUAUUCUCCAUUUUAAAUUCCAUUUUCUUCUCUUUUCUAAGUUGGCCUUUUAAUUUAGUUCGUUGUCAGGAUUGUUUCAGUAAGAUAAAAAACAUUUUUCAUUUGUGUGUUCAGUGUUUUGCAUGCUGUUUACUUUUCAGCAGAAGACUUUUUCUCUUUUUUAAGACCUUUUUAAAAAAAAAUAGCUUCUUUUAUUAUGCUCUUCCUCACUGGUGGAGCACUAGAAAGAGGUUUUGCCUAAAUCAAAGCUUAUUCAUUCCCUGUUAAAUUGUCUCUCCUUGCUUGUUUGUAGUAUGAAAAUGGUACCUUUCACUUUCCAGAUGCAGUUAGGCUUCAAGUCAUGUCAACUUCAGACACCACAGACUAUAUUUGUAUGUGAUGGAAAUUAAGGGUUUCAGUUUCUCACUAUAUAUUUUAUAGCUCGGGUUCAUUUUUAAGUUUGAGGGAACAUUUUAGGAUUUGCAUUAAAAUCCAAUCAUGUACUAAUUUAUCUGCAGCAUUGAAUGAUUGCUGAAAUGUUUUUCCCUUGGAUAAAUGUCUGGCUUAUUGAUUUCUAUUUCUUCUGGACCACAUUUUCAUAGGGUACAGAUAGUAAAAAUUGAUAUCAUGUAUCAUUUUCUGUUCAUGUAGAUUGAUCAAAAAGAGAACAUAAUGGGAUUCAAUCAAAUCUUCAUUAAAAAAAUCAAUUGCCUUAUGCAUGUAUAUAUUUGAAAGAAUGAUUUCAUGAUCAAACAAAACCUGUUCUCUUAGGAAACGGGAGGUCUCUUUUAUACAUUGAUCUACAUUGGUAGAAAAUAUUAACCUGUAGGUAUAUUGGAUUAGAACUACAUAUGUAUAUAAAAACACUGCAUGUGACCAUUUCACCAGAUCUCCUUAUCAGAAAG